UGAAAAAUUUCCUCUUACCCAGGAAGGCACUCCAGAAGAUUGGAGUAAACUUUCUGAUUUAUUUGGAGAAAAGUUAAAAAAGUUAAAGCCACCUACUGAUGUUAUCCCUUUAACCUUACGUCAACUCCUUAAUUUUUUGGAUGAUGUUGCUCCGAAACAAAAAUCAUUUUUGGUUGCCGAUGGAGCACACAUAAAAUGGUCUGAUAACACUAGCCAAAUCAAUCGACAAGUUCGAUUCGUUGUCGUUCGUCAACCAAAUGAUAAGAAAAAAGAUGAUAUUAAUCAACAAGUGCCGCAUAACGAACUGUGUGUCUCGCAUAAACUAGGCGAUUUAAUAUCUAUCAAAGAACCGUGCGUCAGAGGGCCUAAACCAGAUGAUUUAAUAUUUAUC